UGCGCAGGGCGGGCGACCCCGCCGCGGGCCCGAGGCCGAGCCAGCGAGCGGCCUGCCCCGUUGCCGGGAGCCCGCCUCUCCGGGCCUCCCUACUUCCCCAUCCCGGUCCCUCUCCUCGGGGCCUUCUAUAUGGGCCACCUUCUCUCGAAGGAGCCGCGUAACCGCCCGAGCCAGAAGAGGCCUCGCUGUUGCAGCUGGUGCCGCCGCCGCCGUCCUCUCCUCAGGCUGCCCCGCCGGACCCCGGCCAAGGCGCCCCCCCAGCCGGCGGCGCCCCGGAGCCGGGACUGCUUCUUCCGCGGGCCUUGCAUGCUCUGCUUCAUCGUGCACAGCCCCGGCGCGCCCGCCCCCGCCGGCCCAGAGGAGGAGCCGCCGCUGUCGCCGCCGCCGCGGGACGGGGCCUACGCCGCGGCCGCCUCCUCGCAGCACCUGGCGCGGUGCUACGCGGCCCUGGCUGCCGAGGACUGCGCUGCCGCCGCCCGCCGCUUCCUGCUCUCCUCGGCCGCCGCCGCCGCCGCCGCCGCCUCGGCCUCGUCGCCCGCCUCCUGCUGCAAAGAGCUGGGGCUGGCUGCGGCCGCCGCCUGGGAGCAGCAGGGCCGGAGCCUCUUCUUGGCCAGCGUGGGGCCCGUGCGCUUCCUGGGGCCGCCCGCCGCCGUGCAGCUCUUCCGGGGGCCGCCGCCGCCGCCAGCCGAGCCCCCCACGCCCCCUGAGAUGGUGUGCAAGCGGAAGGGGGCCGGGGUCCCCGCCUGUACCCCCUGUAAGCAGCCCCGCUGCGGCGGCGGGGGCUGCGGCGGUGGAGGCGGCGGCGGAGGAGGGCCCGCGGGGGGAGGCGCUUCGCCGCCGCGGCCCCCCGACGCCGGCUGCUGCCAGGGCCCAGAGCAGCCAUCGCAGCCUCUCUGUCCCCCGCCCUCCUCUCCCACUUCCGAAGUUGCCCCAGCAGAGGCCGGCGGGGACGCCGUCCGAGCGGGGGGCACCGCCCCCUCGCCUGCCCAGCAGCAGCGUGAAUGCGGCGACGCGGACUGUCAGGAGCCCCCCGAAAACCCCUGUGACUGUCAUAGGGAGCCGCCCCCUGAAGCCCCAGACAUCAAUCAGCUGCCGCCCUCCAUCCUGCUCAAGAUAUUUUCCAAUUUAUCCCUGGAUGAGCGUUGCCUUUCUGCAUCAUUGGUUUGCAAGUACUGGCGUGAUCUUUGUUUAGAUUUCCAGUUCUGGAAGCAGCUGGAUCUUAGUAGUCGUCAGCAGGUCACUGAUGAAUUAUUGGAAAAAAUUGCAUCAAGAAGUCAAAAUAUAAUUGAAAUCAACAUUUCUGAUUGUCGCAGUAUGUCUGAUACUGGCGUAUGUGUUCUAGCAUUUAAGUGUCCUGGACUUCUUAGGUAUACAGCCUACAGGUGUAAACAACUUUCUGACACCUCUAUUAUUGCGGUCGCCUCUCACUGUCCUUUACUUCAGAAAGUUCAUGUAGGCAACCAGGACAAACUUACUGAUGAAGGACUCAAACAGCUGGGCUCAAAAUGCAGAGAACUCAAAGAUAUUCAUUUCGGCCAGUGUUACAAGAUCUCAGAUGAAGGCAUGAUCGUCAUAGCUAAGGGCUGUCUGAAACUGCAAAGAAUAUACAUGCAGGAAAACAAAUUAGUGACAGAUCAGUCGGUGAAAGCGUUUGCUGAGCACUGUCCCGAACUUCAGUAUGUUGGCUUCAUGGGUUGUUCGGUUACUUCUAAAGGAGUCAUUCACCUAACCAAGCUAAGAAACCUUUCCAGCUUGGACCUACGUCAUAUCACUGAACUGGAUAAUGAAACCGUGAUGGAAAUUGUCAAGAGGUGCAAAAAUCUUAGCUCUCUCAACCUCUGUCUGAACUGGAUCAUAAAUGACAGGUGUGUGGAGGUCAUUGCAAAGGAAGGACAAAACCUGAAAGAGCUGUAUUUGGUUUCCUGUAAAAUCACAGAUUAUGCACUGAUAGCCAUUGGGCGAUACAGCAUGACAAUAGAGACUGUGGAUGUUGGAUGGUGUAAAGAAAUUACAGAUCAAGGAGCCACCCUGAUUGCACAGAGCAGCAAGUCUCUGAGAUAUUUGGGGCUGAUGAGAUGCGAUAAAGUCAAUGAAGUGACGGUGGAACAGCUGGUGCAGCAGUACCCACACAUCACCUUCAGCACCGUCCUGCAGGACUGCAAGAGGACCUUGGAGAGAGCCUAUCAGAUGGGCUGGACUCCCAACAUGUCUGCCGCCUCCUCCUAACACUCCCGCCCCCGCCUAUGUCCGCUGGGAUCGCUCAGCAGGGCAGAGGGGAAUUGUAGAUUUGGGGUGGGUGAUCUCUUGGAAAGGUUUUAACUGUCAUAUGUCUACGUGUGUACCCAGGUGUGUAUAUUUGUGUCUCGUUUGCAUUCAGCAUAGCAUAAGCGCAAUUACUAUUUGUUCCUAGGUGAGCUGAGUUUUUCCUUAAAAAUUAAAGAUUUUGAAAGCCACAAACCUUUUAGUUUUUAAAUUCAAAGGCUUAUUUCUCUCAAAGAAAUAUUUUUUUUUACUAUACAAUCAAAAAAAUUGGGUCUCUUGUUUUGAGCUUCUAAUUACUGCCACUUUGAGAUGCCCAAAAUUGAAGGCAGCUGCCUUCUUUUCUCAUUGGAUGGAAUUGUGCGCUCUACUGAUGACCAGAACAGAAGUGAUGUUGCACUAGUUAGAAGCCUGGAAACCAGUACUUUUCAAAAAUUGAAGCACAUACGCACAUAUAGGUUCUCGCAUUCUGUCGUAUACACGCACAUGUGCAUGUGCACUUACACACACACAAGGGCAGUCUCUUUCCAGAUCAUUUUCUGAUAAGUGGCCUUCCUCCAGGCCACUGAGGGAGCAUGUCAUCCGCUGUGACUCUACCUGGCUCAUUGUAUCCACAGGUGGCCAACUUGCUAUGUGGUGGGUAACUUAGGGACUAGAGAGAAAAAAGCCUUUUGUGAAGUUUUUAUAUAGAGGCAACAAUCGGGACUCCCCUGGCCAGCUCACAAAAGUUAAUUAUUCAUUAUUCUACAAAUGCAGUCUGUUGAGUACUAAAUGUUUUUGUUGAGUUUUACGUUAACAUUGUGUUGUCUUUUUUUUUCAUGGAUAGUAACUGGUCCAGAUAUAUUUUAAUGAUAUUUGGAGCUAAUCUUAGCAUUAUCCACUUUAAAGCCACCAAUUGUAAUUAAGAGUGUGCAGUUAUUUAAAAAAAAUCCUACAGAUCAUUCAAUUAUUUUUGUUAAUUUUGGUAAUUAUGAAAGUAUAUUUCUGAGAUUGGGGGUAGUCACAUUAAUAGAAGAUUAAUGAAUGAGAUGUAAGUAGACAAUCUUUCGAUCGAUUUCUUUUCUUUUUUCUUUUGCUUUGGGCUUUAGAAGAGGCUUUUUGGAUAUAUGCACGUUUUCAUUUUUUGAAUAGUUCUUAUGCUACUGCAAAGAUCUGUUGUUGGUUGAUGUAUAAGUUAAGAAGAAAAAUUAGAAAAUCUUUUUAUUAAGAUUCUGUUUACUCUUGUCAGAAAUAAACAUUUCUUUUGUUUAAUUAAAGAUUGCUAGCUUUCAGUUAAGACAGUAUCUAUCAGUAAAUGAAUAUAUGUUUUGAUUUCACACAUCUUUGCAAUGAAUUCAUAGUAGGGACUCAGGCUCAAAUAACCUUUCCUGUGUCUAGAUGUAUAAUCAAGAUGGCAGGGAGCCUUUUUAAGCUAAAGAGUGAUUAUCUUUCAUCGCAGAGCUAGAUAUAAACCCUGACUUGUGAGUUUGGUAUUUAUUCUUCCCCAAUGUGGACAUAACUGUUUUUUGGUCUUUAACAGAUAUACUAAGGUUGGAGUUUCACUUUCUGUAAGUCCCAAUAUUGCUAAAAUUACUAGCUGUAAGAAAUGAAAAAUAGCUUUACAAUUCAAAUGCCAUUCACUUAUUUAUAAUGACUCCUUUUUUUUGUAAACAACUGUUUCCUUUGAUUAUGUCAACAUGUUUCUGAUGUGGCAUUUUUUUGCUUUUAAUCCCAAUCAGUUAGGAAAAUCUAGUCAGUAAGCACCAAGGGUAUUUUUUCCAUCAGUAAAUGGGUUACUAAUUUAAUGGGAAGGGAAUAAAAUUUGUGUCAGAAAAAAAGCUGUUUACUAUUAAUAAAUUGUAGUUUUUCUUAUACAUCAAACUGUAUCGUUUUCAUAUUCAUUUCCCCAACACUGAAAAAUAUCUUAAUUCAUAAUGUUUUAACUGUUUUUAAUCCAAAACUAAUUUAUAAGACAGGUAUAUAUAGUAAUAGUAGCUUGAGUAAAUAAGCAAAAGUUUAAUUUUUAUAUAUGUUACACUAUAUUUUAAAUAGUUAAAAAAGACAAAAGAAGGGAGAGCCAUCAAUGAGAUAGAUGGUGCCAUUUCAGUUCAAAGUUGUAAUAAUCUUUGGAGUGUUACAGUUUGAUUGUCAGAUGGUUUCAGAAGUGUAUAAUUGAUUUGUUUUUAACGUUGCGUUGUUUGGAUCUAAAGUACAGCACUGUAACAUGCUUUAGCUUGGGGGUUGGGGGCUUGCACUUAUCCUUUAGGAUGUUCAUUAAUCCAGAAAGCCUGAUGCAACAUAACCUGGAAAACUGCUUUGGUAUAUUUGUAGAAAUCUGUGGAAAUAUCAUGUCCAGCCUCAAAGCAUUAAUCUCAAAAAACAGCCAGCAAAAGCAUCACCUUGAGUGAUCCUGUGAUGGUUGAAAGUGUGUUCUCAUUAGAUGCUUUGAAAUGAGGCUUCCAGUGAUUUUUCUGGGCAAUAUAGACUUUCUUUUUUUGCUUAGAGUGUCAUAAAUAUAUGUGAACACGUUUAAUGCAGGGCUUUUUAUCCUCUCCAAAAUGUCAACAGUAUUUUCAGAAUAAAGAUUAUGAAAUAUAUUGCUGUAGUGGAAAAUUCUGGUCCUUUGUCUUUAAUGUCUUUUUGAGUGGAUAAAGGAAAUUCACCCGGUUUGUAGUUUCUAUAUUUCCGUGAGUCUUUUGACCUUGCAAUGGGUUGCAAUAAAAGAGAAACAAAA